AUGGUCUCCUAUCAGUCACUCGCACAAGAGCUUAUCGACGAUCUAGAUGGCUUAUCUGAUGAAGAAACCGGUGAUGCCGGUGAAGAUGCCACUGGAGAAGACACUGCCACUGCCACAACCACAACCACAAAUGGAAAUGGCAAAAGAUCAGCAAUAUCCCCACUAAGAGCUGAUCAGGACGAUGUGAAAAUGGAUCAAGAUGACCAACCCAAAGAUCCAAACCAGGUACAACUCCAGGAUGGUCAGCUAUACGUACCAACAGGUGGUGUCAGACCAGCAGAUGAGCUUGAUGCAGAAGCUGUUGAAGGCUUCAAGCUUGAAAAGGUUCUAGAUGUCAGGAAAGUAGCACCUCUAACAUCCUCAAAGCGCAUGAAAGACGUACUUGAGGGCAUUGACGAAUUCCUCCUUCACCCAAAGCUUGUCAAAGGUGGUUCACUCGCCGAUAACCCUGAAUACGAUAUCAUCGUUAAAGCUAACAAUUUAGCUGUCGAGGUUGAUAAUGAGCUUCUCAUCGUACACAAAUUCGUUAGAGAUCACUAUCACGCUAAGUUUCCCGGUCUAGACACUCUCGUACCAGAACCUACAGUCUACUUACGCGUUGUACAAGCUAUUGGAAACUUGCAAGACAUUUCACAAGCUCCACUGAAGGAUGUCGUUAAAGGCCAUACUAUCAUGGUCAUUACUGUCAGCGCUACAACUGCAGAUGGUCGUCAAUUAUCGCACGACGAGUGGCACAGAGUAGACGCUGCAUGUCAAGUGCACAAAGAGCUAGAAGAUGCCAAACGGAAGAUAUUCGAAUAUGUUCAGUCGCGUAUGAAUAUACUCUCGCCCAACGUGUCUGCUAUCGUUGGUACGACAACCGCAGCAAAGCUGAUAGGUGUAGCGGGUGGUCUGCAAGCUUUAGCUAAGAUGCCUUCGUGUAAUGUCUACCUCCUAGGUGCUAUGAAGAAGACACCGACAGGCCAAUCCACAGCAACUAUGAACAGACAUACUGGUUUCAUUUUCCAGUCUGAUCUUGUGCAGUCUUGCGAACCAGAACACAAGCUUAAAGCUCAGCGCACUGUUUCCGGUAAGGUGGUCUUAGCCGCUAGAGUGGACCUCGAGGGUGGUAGCAAAGAAGGCAACUACGGAGAUAUGCUAAGAACUAAACUAGAAAAGCAUUUCGAAAAAAUGGCUGAACCUCCUCCUUUGAAAGUAACAAAAGCACUUCCAGUACCAUCCGAAGACGGAAAGAAGAAGAGGAGGGGUGGAAGAAGAGCACGUAAAGCUAAGGAAGCAUAUGGUAUGACAGAGCUCCGUCAACUCAGCAACCGCGUCAAAUUUGGUGAACAAGAGCAAGAGACUGAUGCUUUCGGUGGUGAGACUAGAGGUCUCGGUAUGCUGGGCAAAGAAUCUGGUAAAUUGAGAGCUAGUGCAAUUGAUUCUAAAAGUAGAGCUAAAAUGAGCAAACAAAAUAAAAUUCGCACUCAAUUGCUAGGUGGUCCAUCGAAGGCAACUUCAGGAACAGCAACUAGUGGUACUGCGUCUAGUCUGUCCAUUACUCCAUUCCAGGGUAUUGAGUUGGCUAAUCCUAAUCAAAACGCCGAGAAUGAGCGUAAACUCAAAGCGGCGAAUGAUAAGUGGUUUGCAAAAGGCGCUUUCACACAUAUUCCACAACAAGGCGACAAGUUGCCUGGUAGCAAGUAA